AUGGUAGCUGAACAUUCCAAUCAUGACUUUGUACCAUCAAAAAUAAUAAAAUUGGAAGAAUUCUUUGAAAUUCAAUUGAAAGUAUUCAAACUCAUUGGAUUGAAUAUAAUUCCAUUGGAAUUGACAUCAAUUCGAGCUAGAAUACUAGAUAAAUUAAUGAGAUGGUAUUUUUACUUGUGCAUCAUUGGAUUUGUGCUGUUGAUUCUUCAAUUUGGUAUUCAACUAGUGAUUGACAUAAAGAAGUUUGAAGUUGUUGUCAAUAUUCUACCGAAUAUUAUAUUAUUUCCAUACAACUGCUCAAAAGGAAUAUUCUUCUUCAUCAAUCGCGAUAAGAUUCUGAAAAUAUUGGACAAAUUAAGGAUCUCAUUCCCUGCAACUGAAGUUGAUCAGCAAACCUUUAAACUUGAAAAACAUUUAAAAUCCUUCAGUAUGAUUUACAAAGUCUACAUGCUCUUUUAUUACAUAGACAUCUCAUCAGCAAUGUCUGGAGUGCUUCAUCUACUCAUUUUUAAGGAUAUUCGAAAAUUACCCAUUGACAUUUGGUUCCCAUACGACUACACAGCAAACAAUCGAAUUUUUAUUCAAACUUUAUUUUGGGGAGUUUGGUCAAUUUCAAAUGCUUGCGUUAAUGUGAUUGCUGCUGACUUUUUCAUAUUCGCGACGGUUUUUGUUCUGUCAAUUGAAUUUAAAGUUGUUGGUGAAAAUCUUAAAAAUGCAAUAAUUGAGAGUCAAAUUUCAAGAUUGUACAAAUUGAUUGUAAAGCAUCAGGAUUUAAUUGAAGUCAGUGACGAAGUUCGGACAUUGUUUUGCUUUAUUUUCUCAUACACAUUACUACAAGCAGCCGUUGCAAUAAGUUCUUGUGGAUUUUUACUUUUGACAGCUCCAAACUUUGCAGAUUUAAUGUACUCAAUAUCUUUUACAGCCUGCUCGUUAAGUCAAGUCUUUUUGUACUGUUAUUUUGGUGAGAAAUUGAUUAGAGCAAGUCAAGAUGCUGGACAUAGUAUUUUAGACUCAAAUUGUGUAAUUUUGAUAAUCGAGAGUAGCAGAUCUACAAACUGGACAUUUCAAAUGGCAACCGAUCAGAACUUAACACAAAAAACAAUAAAAUUAGAAGAUUUUUUCGAGCUUCAAUUAAAAAUCUUUAAAAUUCUUGGAUUAAAUGUUAUUCCAGUCGAACGAACAUCAACACGAGCAAAAGUAGUAGAUAAGUUGAUGAGAUAUUACUUUUACGUGUGCAUCAUUGGUUUUAUUCUGGUGACAAUUCAGUUUGCCAUUCAGAUAAUUAUUAAUAUAAAUGAUAUUCACAUAAUUGUUCAAAUCCUCCCUAACAUGGUGCUGUUUCCGUACAAUUGCUCUAAAGCUAUUUUAUUCUUCAUCAAACGCAAGAAGAUUCUCGAGUUGUUGGAUAAAAUUAGAAUCUUUUAUCCUGAAUCUGAAGUUGAUCAGCAAAAGUGUAAACUGAGCAGUCAUUUUAAAUGGUCUCAAAUGCUCAAUAGAAUCUACAUUCUUAGCUAUUUCGGAAUACUUUCAGUGGCUGGAAGUGAUAUUUUAUAUCAAUUUAUUUUCAACAAUGUCAGGAAGCUAGCAACUGAAAUUUGGUAUCCUUUUGAACCUCUUGUCAAUAAUCUAAAUUUUAUGUACGCAAUGAUGUGGGGUGUCUGGUCCAUAUACAAUGCAGUUUUCAUUACAAUCGCUAUAGAUUUAUUCUUGUGUGCUAAGUUUCUAAUUCUCUCAAUACAAUUCAGUACAGUUGGUAACAAUAUUAAAGAAGCAAUUAAUGCGAAGGAAUUAACAAAACUUCGUGAACUUUUUGUUCGACAUCAAAAGCUAAUUGAAAUUAACGAUGACAUUAAGGCAUCAUUUGACUUUAUUUUCUUCUACACGUUCAUUCAAGGAGCUAUCUCAAUAUCUGCUUCUGGAUUUCAACUAUUAACAGCACCAACUGUUGAAAAUUUACUUUAUUCAGUAUCCUAUGCAGCUUGUUCUUUUAUUCUAGUCUUUUUGUACUGUUAUUUUGGUGAGAAAUUGAUAACCGAAAGUGAAGGUGUAGCAACAACUAUUUAUGAUUCAAACUGGUAUGAUAUUGAUGACAUUGGAGUGAAGAAAUCGAUUUUGCUUGCAAUUCUAAGAUCUCAAAAAGCUUGCACGCUCUCAGGAUAUGGAUUUGUUUCAUUGUCUAUUGAGACAUUUUCUAAUAUUUAUAUCGCUAUAACAUUCUUAGCUGUUUCAAUCGUAAUCGUUGGAAUUUUAUUUAAUUUCUUUUGCUUUAAAAUCAGAAAGUUAGAAUCUGAAAUCUGGUUUCCAUUUAAUCCUUUGGUCAGUGAUUUUAAUUUUUUGAGUGCCAUUGGUUGGAGUACUUGGGCUUUAUAUAAUUCGAUGCUUACUUCAUGUGCUAUUGAUGCUUUCUUGUAUGGCAUAUUUCUUAUUCUUUCUAUAGAAUUCAGAAUUAUAGGUCAAAACAUUAAAAAUGCAAUUAAUGCAAAAGAAUUAGAAAUUAUUCGUGAGAUUUUGGUCCGUCAUCAAGAACUAAUCGAAAUUGAUGAAGAAAUUAAGAACACAUUUUCGCCAAUUUUCUUCUAUGCAUUCUUUCUAGGAAGCAUUGCUAUAGCUUCUUCAAUUUUUCUUAUCUCAACAGCAACAAGUACUACAAAUUUACUGGCCUUAUUAUUUCAUACUUUUACUACAUUCAGUCUUGUUUUUAUGUAUUGUACAUUUGAAGAAAAGCUAAUUACUGAAAGUGAAGGUAUUGCAGCUAAAAUUUAUGAGUCCAAUUGGCAUGAGAUUGAAGACAUUGGAGCCAAGAAAUCAAUUCAGCUGGUUCUUAUGAGAUCUCAAAAAGCCUGCACGCUUGCAGGAUAUGGAUUCGUUACAUUGUCGAUUGAUACAUUCGCGCUUGUAAUCGAUCAGCAAAGCAGUGGUUUAGAUUCUGAAUACAAAUGGUUCAACAUUUUCACAAAAUUUUUCGUUUUUUUGUACUGCCUAAUAGUUUUUACGCCAACUAUUGAAGUUUUCUUCAAUUUAAUGUAUUAUAAUGUCAGGACAUUACCAGAUGAAAUCUGGUUUCCAUUCGAUCCGAUUGCCAAUAGUUUAACUUUUAUGAUCGUUGUUGUUUUGGGUAUUUGGGCAAUUUAUAAUUCAGUUUUCAUUGUAUGUGCUGUUGAUCUCUUCUUGUGUGCAAUGUUUAUAGUUCUUGCAAUAGAAUUCAAAAUUAUUGGACAAAAUAUCAAAAACGCAAUCAAUGAAAAAUCAUUUGUAAAUCUUCGUAACAUUUUGAUCAGACAUCAGGAGCUAAUUGAUAUUGCUGCAGAAAUUAAGAGUAUAUUUUCUUUCAUUUUCUUCUACACAUUUAUUCAAGGAGCUAUAACAAUAAGUUCUUCAACAUUUCAACUCAUUGCAACAUCAAGCACGACAAAUUUUCUUUAUUCGUCAUUUUAUGCCACUUCUGCAUUUGUGGUUGUUUUUAUGUAUUGUUAUUUUGGUGAAAAAUUAAUAACUCAAAGUGAAAGCAUAGCAUUAAGCAUUUAUGACUCAAACUGGUAUGAAAUUGAUGACAUCGAAAUGAAGAAAUUGUUACUGUUGAUAAUUGUAAGAUCUCAAAAAGGCUGUACACUCUCAGGAUAUGGAUUUGUUACAUUAUCUAUCGAUACGUAUUCACUUGCACACAUUCCCGUUUUCACAGAACUGAGAAUCAAAAAACUUUGUGAUUUUGUGAUGACCACGACUAGAGAAGAAAUUGCUCCAAGAGGAAAAAUAAAGAUCGAAAAUUUCUUUGAAUUUCCACUCAAGUGUUUCAAGUUUGUUGGAUUGAUUUUGAUUCCAUCGACAAAUAUUUCAGCGCGAGUGCAACUAAGAGAGAAGAUUUUGAAAAGAUUUUACUUUUUUUUAAUCAUCAAUGUUUGGCUAUUUAUCGUUGCAUUAGCAAGUCGUGUUAUUGUGAGCAUAAAUGAUAUUCCUGUUGUUAUUCGAGUGCUGCCAAAUUUGACAAACAUUCCGUACAACAGUUCUAAGAGCCUCCUUCUUUUUAUGAAACGCAAAACUGUUCUCAAAAUACUUAGUGACUUGAGAGAAAAUUUUGCAGUGUCAAAAUUCACCCAAGAAAAGUUCUUUUACCAACAGAAACUUAAAGAAUUCAACCGGAAUUAUAAAAUCUUUGGAGUAUUCUACUUCUUUCUCGUCUCGUCCGUCUCAGUUGACUCUGGAUAUCAUCUAAUUGUGAAUGGAUAUAGAAAGCAAUUAGUAGAAAUUUGGUUUCCAUUCAACGAUACCGGCAACAACUUUUUCUUUAUAACAACAUCUUUAUGGAUAGUGUGGAUUGCUUCAAGUCUAUGCCUUAUCUUAGCAUCAGCCGACUUCUUCACUUUUGGAUUAGUUCUCGUCUUAUCUCUUGAAUUUGACGUGCUUAGUGAUGACAUAAAAUCAGCCAUUGCACAAGAAAAUAAAUUAAAGUUGCGUGAAAUGUUUGUCCGGCAUCAAAAGUUGAUGGAUAUUUACACACAGCUGGAUUUAUUAUUUCGAUUUUACUUCUUUUAUACUUUCUUUCAAGGCGCAGUAGCUGUUAGUACAAGUGGAUUUCAGUUAUUAAUAUCCAGUGACAUCGCAGAACUAACAUAUUGUGCAGCCUAUUCAGGUGGUUCAAUCAGUCAAAUUUUUCUAUAUUGCUAUUAUGGUGAAAAAUUGAUGAAGUCUAGCAUUGGUGUCAGUGAGAGUAUUGCAGACUCAAAUUGGUAUGCCUUGAAGGAUAACAAGUUGAAAAUGGAUCUCAAGUUUAUGAUGCUUCGUGCACAAAAGCCAUGUGCAUUGUCUGCUUACACAAUUGUUACAUUGUCCAAGGAAACAUUUUCAGCUUUUUGGAAGCAAAGUAAGAAAGAAGGAAAAAUCUUGACAAUCGAAAUGGAAGUACCAGAAGUCAGUCCUUACAAAGCAAUAAAAUUGGAAGAUUUUUUCGAAUUUCAAUUAAAAAUCUUCAAGCUAAUUGGACUGAACAUCAUUCCAAUAGAAAUUACAUCAUUGCGAACUAAAAUCAUUGAAAAGUUGAUGAAGUAUUACUUCUUUGCAUGUAUUAUCGGUAUCUGGCUUACAAUCAUUCAAUUUGGGAUUCGUCUGAUCAUUGACAUAAAUAAUCUGGAUGUGGUUGUAAGGAUUCUACCAAAUAUUACUAUAUUUCCGUACAAUUGUUCUAAAGGCAUAUUGUUUUUCACGAAAAGAAAGAAUAUUCUUGACAUAUUGGAAAAAUUAAGGAACUCAUUUCCUACAACUAGAGUUGAGCAGCAAAAGUGUAACUUACAAGGUCGUUUAAAAUGGUUUCUCAUCGUUUAUAAGGUCUACAUCGUUUUCUAUUUGGCGACUAUUUCAUCUGCAACAAUAGGAAUGCUCUAUCAGCUUAUAUUUAACAAUAUCAGGAAGCCAGCUGUUGAAAUUUGGUUCCCAUUUGACGACACAGCCAAUGAUCGUAACUUGAUUUUAUCAUUGCUUUGGUUAAUUUGGACUGUGCCUAAUGCUGCUGUCAAUGUGAUAUCUGCUGAUUUUUACUUAUUUGCGAUUGUUUUGAUUCUUUCAACAGAAUUUAAUAUUUUUGCUGAAGAUAUUAGGAAAGCAAUCAAUAAAGGACAAACUUCAAACUUGCGUGAGCUUCUUGUUCAUCAUCAGCUGCUAAUUGAAAUCAGUGAGAACAUAAAGACAUUGUUCACCUUCAUUUUCUUCUACACAUUCAUUCAAGGAGCUGUCUCAAUCAGUUCUUGUGGAUUUCAGCUAUUGACUGCACCAAGUCUUGCAGAUUUACUCUAUUCUAUAUCUUACACAGCUUGUUCUCUCAGUCAAGUAUUUUUGUAUUGUUUUUAUGGCGAAAAAUUGAAUACAGCAAGUCAAGAUGUUGGAAAAAGAAUCCUCGACUCAAAAUGGUAUGAGCUUAAGAAUAUUAGAAUGAAGAAAUCAAUGUUGUUUAUAAUCAUGAGAUCACAAAAGCCUUGCAUGCUGUCAGGAUUUGGAUUUGUUUCGUUAUCUAUUGAAGCAUUUUCAUCUUUAGUUGCAAAGAUUCUGCCGAACAUUACUGUAUUUCCGUACAAUUCUUCUAAAACAACAUUGUUCUUCACAAAACGAAAGGAGAUUCUUGAUAUAUUGGACAAAUUAAAGAUUUCAUUUCCUUCAACUCAGGUUGAGCAACAAAAAUAAUUCAUCAUUCUUGCACAAGACUUUAAGAAAGCUAUCAAUGAAGAACAAGUUGAGGAUAUUCGUAAACUUGUUGUCCGACAUCAAGAGCUUAUUGAAAUCUUUGAAAUCAUAACAUCAAUAUUUACAUUUACAUUUGCUUUCAUUCAAGGAGCUAUCGCAAUAAGCUCUUGCGGAUUUCAGCUAUUAGCCUCAUCGAGUGAUGCUGACUUUAUAUUUUCAAUAUUCUAUACAGCUUUAUCGCUCCUUCAAGUAUAUUUGUACUGUUAUUUUGGUGAAAAAUUGAUUACAGCAAGUCAAAAAAUUGGUCAAAGUAUUCUUGAUUCCAACUGGUAUGAACUUAAAGAUGUUGUUGUAAAGAAAUCACUUAUGAUUAUAAUCAUAAGAUCACAAAAGCCGUGUAUGUUGUCAGGAUUCGGAACUAUUUCUUUAUCAAUCGAAACAUUUUCUAAUGUUCUUAGUUCAGCAUAUUCGUACUUUUCUAUUAUGAAAACUUUGUACUUUAAAUAA